AUGUGGCUGCGGCCUCUCCCGGCCUGUCGCUUCCGGCCUGGUCGUCGCCAACUGCCUCUAUCAUCAUGGCGAUGGCUCCAGUCCAACCUGCACGCCGAGUCGUCUCGUUUACCUCAGGCUGUUGCUAUCCUCUCAAGGACUGAUUUCGGCAGCAGAUUCUACAGUAGUCCUGGCUCGUCAUAUUACGAUGCCAAAGUAGAAGAUAUUCGAAAUAUUGGCAUCAUUGCUCAUGUGGACGCGGGCAAAACCACCACAACAGAACGAAUGCUCUUCCGCAGCGGUGUGACAAAACACCUAGGCAAUGUCGACAGCGGAGACACCGUCACCGACUUCCUUCCAAUGGAACGUGAUCGUGGCAUCACUAUCCAGUCCGCAGCCAUUACCUUCCAAUGGCCAUUACCAUCAGAAUGCGGUCCCGGAAAUCCCCCAAAAACCAUUAAUCUCAUUGACACCCCCGGUCACCAGGACUUCCGUUUCGAGGUGGACAGAUGCAUGCCCGUCAUCGACGGCGCCGUUUGCAUCAUGGACGGAGUCAAGGGCGUCGAGGCCCACACGGAGCGCGUCUGGCAGUCGGCGCAGCAGUUCCGCAUCCCGCGCAUCAUGUACGUCAACAAGCUGGAUCGAGACGGCGCCUCCUUCAAGCGCUCCGUGUCGGAGAUAGCCUCUCGUCUGAACGCCUGGCCGCUUGUGUGCCAGAUCCCCUGGUGGGAGAAGGACGUUUUUGUCGGCGUGGUUGAUGUCAUCACCCGGACAGGGAUCAGGUGGAAGUCUGGCGGUUCCAAGGCUUCCUACAACGCCGAAAAUCUGAAGAAGUUGCUGGCAGAUACGAACCCAGAUCUCUUGACACAGCUGGAUGAGGCCCACCUCGCGCUGGUAGAUAUUCUCUGUGAGCACGACGAGCGGCUUCUAGAGGGUGAUCUGGAGAACAUCACCCCGGAGGUCAUGAAAAGGACCAUACGUGAACUCAUCAGCGACGGCAGCGGCAAGCUGGUUCCUGUGUUUGCCGGGUCGAGCCUACGCAACAUCGGCAUUGACCCCCUGCUAGAUGCGGUGGUAGAUUAUCUACCCAAUGCCAACGAGCGGCCCCCGGUAGAAACUUCGCUGGACGGCGUUCGCUCGACCCUUGAGAACGUCAUCGAGGCCAGCGCCAAGGCGCAGCCGCCCGGAAAGAAGAAGCAAUUCGGCAACAAAAAAGGCAGCGUUACUGCUGUCGCGUCCGUCUUCAAGGUGGCAGCUGAUUUCAACAGAAACGACAUGUCGCGGGGCAUGCUGUCCUUUGUACGCGUCUAUCAUGGCACGCUCCCCGCCGACGCUGAGGUGUGGAACUCCAACCGCCACAAGCGAGAAAAGGCACUCAGCAUGCUGCAGAUCUCUGCCAACAAGACGCAGCUCAUUCCUCAUCUAUCAACCGGACAGAUCGGCGCGCUCAAGGGUCUCAAGGACGCCAAGACGGGUGAUACGCUGAUACUGGUCAACGGGGGUUUCCGCAAUGCCUCAGAAGGCCCCAUGGCUAGGGUGCAGAUCCGACCGGCCGAGAUCCCCAACCCGGUGGCAUUCAUCACCAUGGCACCAGCGGCCCGUGGCAACGUCAAAGACCUGGAGACAGCACUCGAGCGGCUCUCCCGUGAGGAUCCCAGCCUACGAUAUAGCUACAAUGAACGCGAUGAGGUGUUCAUCCUCUCGGGAAUGGGUAAGCUGCACCUUGAGGUUCUGCUCGAUCGCCUCAAGAACGUGUACCGCGUCGAAGCAACCAUCUUUGGCAUCGAGGUCGAAUACAAAGAAUGUCUGCUGGAGCCCUUGGCACCCAACCGCUUCGUGUUCGACCAAGUAGUCGGAGGCAAGGCCGGCAAGGCGGCUUGCACCGUCACCUUGCAGCCACUGCCAGACCAAGAGGACAAGAAAUCGACACGCGCCAUCUCCAAGGACACGGUGCGGGCGGACGAGAACAACCUGAUCGAGAUCAAGAUCAAGAAGAACGACUACGGCACCUUCCCCGAGGGCUUCGACUACGAGCGCACGCGGCACGAGCUCCUCAACGGCGCCAGCGCCGCGCUCCGCAUGGGCCCGCGCCUGCGGCGGCCGGUGCACGGCACGCUCGUGACCAUCGACUAUAACCCGUCGACCGACUACUUUGGGCCCAACACGCCGCCGUCGCACAACGUCAAGGCGGCCUACAGCGCCGUCAAGGCCAGCCUCAAGGACGCGCAGUCCAGGUCCAUGGUCGGCAUCCUCGAGCCCGUCAUGAAGGUCUCCAUCGUCUGCCCCGAGGGCGCUGCCGAGGCCGUGCAAAAGGACAUUGGCGGCGCCCGCGGCGGCGUCGUAUAUGCCGUCGUCGACCGCAACGAGAAGUACGACGAGGCCGCCGGCAGCGGCGUCGACCCGGCCGACAGGAUCAGCCUCGACGACGUCUACGUGCCCCGCGACCCGUACGACACCAUCCAGUCGCUGCGCGAUCCCAAGAAGGGUCUGGUGCGCCAGUUGGAGAUCAAGGCCAGGAUUCCCUUUGCCGAGAUGCUCAACUAUGACCAGCUGCUUCGGGGCAAGACCGGCGGUAGGCAUUCUCUCGACAUGGAGCUCGACACCUUUGAGCGAGUUGUCGGGCCUCGUGAGAAGGCUAUCGGAUGA